AUCCUCAAUAUGCGGACAGUUCCUUGAUAUUUGUUGUAAAUGCGAUCCAUUUUGUCAUGUAGCCCGCCGUCUCGACCUGCUCAUUUGCACUAUAAUAUCCAUCAUGAAGCCGCCCGUCGUAGCCAAUCUAUCAUUGGCAGUCGCCUGGCUCCUUUUGUUCCGAUACUGUCAAAUCCAUUCGUUCCACGAUCCCUCUUCAUUCUUCUACGAUCCGAACCGCGCCUACCUCCCAUUCUACUCUGCCGUCAGAGAAUCCGAAGCCGCCGAAUUCCUCACCAAGGCUUCUUCCACCCCGGCGACUGCGGCCCAACCUUGGACAUACUUUGGUAAAGGUCUUGGAUAUGACGAUACCAAGAAACCUGAGGGGCUCAGAAUUUGCGUUGGGAUACCGAGCGUCCGUCGCGACAGGGAGCAGUUCGUUGGGGGGACCAUUGCCUCGUUGGUCGACGGCCUGAGUCCCGAGGAGCGGCGACGAAUCAACUUGAAAGUUCUCCUGGCAGACGACAUCCCACAAAACAACCCUGCCUAUGGAGAGGCCUGGCUCCGUAACAUUGCGGACGAGGUGCUCGUCUACGGCGAUGACAAUCCCUCAGUCAAAGACGGAUACCGACAUAUUACCGAUGCAUCGCUUCGCUGGACCUUUGAAGAUCCCCGGAACAAGCGCGUGCAAUUCGAUUAUGCAAACUUGGUCGCAGCGUGUCAGAAGCAAGGCUCUGACUAUUUUGUUCUGGUGGAAGACGAUGUCGUCGCCUCUCGAGAUUGGUUCAGUCGGCUGAUCAGCUCCCUCGACAAAGUUGAGGCCCAAUCCACGAAUGGCCAAGAUUGGAUGUAUCUCCGGUUGUUCUAUACCGAGGUCUACCUAGGCUGGAACUCCGAGGAGUGGCCCAGCUAUUUGAGCAAAAGUAUCAUAUUCUACCUUGCAGUUACCGGCAUGGUCCUCUUUUGGAGGUGGAGGGCUCCCGCGAUGAGAACGUUGAAGGCGACUGACCUCGUCAAGUCCAAUCUGGUCUUGAUUUUCAACAUGACGUUUUGGAUCGCAGCGUACAUCAUCAUGUACUUCAUGGCAGGGAGACUCCUAGUCAACCACUACCAAGUCGGCGUUCAUGAGAUGCCUCAAUACGGGUGCUGCGCGCAGGGCCUUGCAAUGCCACAUCGAAACCUCGCAGUCCUGGAGAAGAGCCUGAGAGAGCCGCCACACGACCUUGCUGGUGACUCUUUUAUCGACUUGGUUGCCGAGCGAGAAGGUUUGAAGAAAUGGGUCAUGGUUCCGAGCGUGCUGCAGCAUGUCGGGAUUCGGGGUUCAUCCGACAAAGGGUACCUCAAGACGACUUGGAACUUUAGCUUUGAGAAGGGGCCAUGGAAAUGAGGAUGAGGGACGCACGAUUUCGCCAUGGACAGCGACCAACAAACCAAGUCUGUUGGUCAUAGAAACCGACUGUUGAACUUGGGGAGCUCGACGAGUGGUCAUGACCCGUAUAGGGUUCAAACAACCACGGAAUUUCCGAUCCUGGUUGCGACAAACCAUAUCUGGGACAAUCCAAAUGAAAGUGCGGCAAGUCGAUGCCCGGUCAAGCAAACGACCGAGGUAGACAUG